AUGACUGAGUCAGUUCAGGCCUUGGCCCCCAAGAGAAGUUCCCUGGCCAUGUCACGCCCUCCACUCAAGCAGUUCCAAAAGGCUGGGGAAAGAGCUGUUUUCGGGAAUUUGGAAUGUGGGAAAAAUUUCCCCAGGGAGUCGAACUCGCCUGCAGCAGGAAGUGGGUUUCUGGCCACGGGAAAAGUGAACGGCUGGUUUUCCUGCUCUGCCACCUCCCGGGGGAUGUCCAAACCACUCCUCUGCCUCUUCUCUGAACGCUUUCUCCUCCCUCAACCCAUUCUUCACCUAGCAGCCUGCUUAAAUCCGUUUAGCUUAAAUCCCCACCAGUCCCGGCCCCGCCAGGUCCAGCAGGCCCUUCAUCCACAGGCCUUCAUCCACAGCCCUUCAUCCACAGGCCUUCAUCCACAGCCCUUCAUCCACAGCCCUUCAUCCACAGGCCCUCAUCCAGCAGGCCUUCAUCCACAGCCCUUCAUCCACAGCCCUUCAUCCACAGGCCUUCAUCCACAGCCCUUCAUCCACAGGCCUUCUUCAUCCACAGCCCUUCAUCCACAGCCCUUCAUCCACAGGCCUUCAUCCAGCAGGCCCUUCAUCCACAGCCCUUCAUCCACAGCCCUUCAUCCACAGCCCUUCAUCCACCAGCCCCCUUCAUCCACAGCCCUUCAUCCACAGGCCCUCUUCAUCCACAGGCCCUUCAUCCAGGAGGCCCUUCAUCCACAGCCCUUCAUCCACAGAGCCCUUCAUCUGCAGGCCUUCAUCCACAGCCCUUCAUCCACAGCCCUUCAUCCACAGCCCUUCAUCCACAGCCCUUCAUCCACAGGCCUUCAUCCACAGCCCUUCAUCCACAGCCCUUCAUCUACAGGCCUUCAUCCACAGGCCCUUCAUCCACAGGCCUUCAUCCACAGCCCUUCAUCCACAGCCCUUCAUCCACAGCCCUUCAUCCACAGGCCCUUCAUCCACAGGCCUUCAUCCACAGCCCUUCAUCCACAGCCCUUCAUCCACAGCCCCUCAUCCACAGCCCCUCAUCCACAGCCCCUCAUCCAUAGGCCCUUCAUCCACGGAAAGACCUGGGUGCUGACCCUCUCUCACAUCAGCACCCGGGUCUUUCCCCCCAAGCAGGACAGGUGCAGGAGGUCAGCAGGGCCCUACUGUGGGUCUGAGAUCUAUGAGCAGGCAGCAGCCAGUGAGGGCUCAGGCAGUAGUGAGGAUGAGCAGCAGCACACCAUGGGUAACAGGCUGACCCCUUGUGUGUCUUAUGCCAGCCCCAAGCAGGACAAGCACAAGAGGUCGGCAGGGCCCUACCAUGGGUCAGAUCUACCAGCAGGCAGAAAUGAAGAAUGGCGCAGGUGGCAGUGGAAAGGAACAAAGGCACCCCAAAGUUCCCAGCAAUGUCAGUGCAGGAAAUCGAUGGAAUUCUACUGUGGGUCUGAGAUCUCCGAGCAGGCUGCAGAGAUCAAACAUGUAGAUGGUAGAAGAGAGGAACAGAGCUGUUCCGUGGGUAACAGGCUGGCCUCUUGCAUGUCCCAAAGUGCCAGCCCUGAGUGGGGUUGGCACAGGAGGUUGGUGGACUACUGCAGAUCUAAGAUCAAGGAGCAGGCAGCAGCAAGCAAGGGCACAGACAGCAGCAGAGAGGAGCAAAGAUGCCCCAUGGGUAACACUCUGAUUUCUUGCAUGUCCCCCAGUGCCAGCCCCAAACUGGACAAGCACAGGAAGUCAGUGGAGCCCUCCUGUGAGUUUCAGAUGUAUAAGCAGGUGGCAGCGAGUGAAGGUGUAGGUGUUGGUGGAGAGAAACAAAGGCACCCCUUGGGUAAUGCAUUGGCCUCUUGCAUGUUCCCUAAUACCAGCCACAAGCAGAGUUGGUGCCGGAGGUCAGUGGAACUCUACCUCAGAUCUGAGAACUACAAGCAGGCUGUAGGCUGGCACAGGAGGUUUGUGGAGCCCUCUUGUGGGUCUGAGAUCUAUAAGCAUGCAGCAGUGAGUGAAGGUGCAGGCCACAGUGGAGAGAAGUGCAGGUGCCACAUGGGUAACAUGUUGACCUCUUGCAUGUCCCAUGCCGCCAGCCCCCAACAGGGCUGGUGCGGAAGGCCAGUGGAGCCCUAUUGUGAGUUUGAGAUCUAUGAGCAUGCAGCAUUGAACAAAGGCACAGGCAGUGGUGAAGAGGAGUGGAGAUGCCCCAUUGGUAACAUGCUGAACUCUUGCAUCUUCCCCAAUGCCAGCCAUGUGUGGGGUUGCUGCACAGGGCUGGUGAAGCCCGAUUGUAGGGCUGAGAUCUAUGAGCAGGUGGCAGCAAGCAAAAGUGCAGGCAGUGGCAGAGAAGAGUGGAAGCUGGUCUGGCAAGAUCAGUGGAGCCCUACCACAGGUCUGAGAUCUGCAAGCAGGCAGCAGUGA